UAUCACUACGAAAAGCACCCACGGCCAGAACCCUGGGGCCUGGAAAGUUUCUUCUAUUAUUAAUUUACACAAGUUGAAGCUUCGCUAUUUUCUUUGUACCCUUAGUUGCCAUGGCUACUCAAAUCGAGCGGCUUCACUUUGUAUUGUUUCCUUUCAUGGCUCAAGGCCAUAUGAUCCCCAUUAUAGACUUUGCUAGAUUGCUGGCACAACGAGGUCUGAUCAUCACCAUAGUCACAACUCCUCAUAAUGCAGAUCGAUUCAAGACAAUUCUUGGUCGUGCCAUAGAAUCAGGACUCUCUAUCCGUUUAGUUCAACUUUUGUUUCCAUGUGUAGAAUCAGGAUUACCAGAAGGAUGUGAGAGCUUUGACAUGCUGCCUUCACUUGGCCUAGCCAUGAAAUUUUUCCAAGCAGCCAACAAGCUACAAGAGCCAGUACAAAAAUUGUUUGAGGGGCUAAGGCCAAGGCCAAACUGUAUCAUUUCUGACGUGUUGUUGACCUAUACCCUCAACAUUGCUACCCUGUUUCAGAUUCCGAGGGUUGUGUUCUAUCCAGUUUCUUGCUUCUGUCUUCUUUGUAACUAUAAUUUACACCUCUCGAAGAUUCCUGAGCGCAUAACCUCAGAGUCACAUUACUUUUCUCUGCCCAACAUGCCUGAAAAAGUUGAAUUUACAAAACCCCAACUUCUAGGAGUUUCCAAUGAUGCAAACCUGCAAGAAUUUUGUGAACAAACGGUAGAGACUGAUCUAGCAUCCUAUGGCGCGGUCAUUAAUACUUUUGAAGAGCUAGAGCCACCAGAAUAUGUGAGGGAAUACAGGAAGGCAAGAGGAUACAAGGUGUGGUGCAUUGGUCCAGUUUCUUUAUGCAAUAAGGAUGGCUUGGAUAAGGCUGAGAGAGGUAAGAAGGCCUCAGUUGAUGAAUACCAAUGCCUGAGGUGGCUUGAUUCUCAGGAGCCAGGCUCUGUGAUUUAUGCCUGUCUAGGAAGCCUCUCUAAUGUGAUACCCUCACAAUCGAUAGAGCUUGGCUUAGGCUUAGAGGCAUCGAAUAGACCUUUUAUAUGGGUUAUGAGAGGAAGUGAUGCAUCAUCAGAAGUAGAGAAGUGGAUUUUAGAGGAUGGUUUUGAGGAAAGAACAAAAGGAAGAGGCCUUGUGAUCCGGGGUUGGGCUCCCCAAAUAGUAAUAUUGUCACACCGUGCAAUUGGAGGGUUCCUAACUCAUUGUGGAUGGAAUUCAACAAUAGAAGCCAUCACUGCCGGCGUGCCAUUUAUAACUUGGCCGCUAUUUGGAGACCAAUUUUGCAAUGAGAAAUUGGUUGUACAAUUACUUCAAAUUGGAGUAAGGAUUGGAGUAGAGGAGCCAAUGAGCUGGGGAGCAGAAGCGAAAGUUGGAGUGUUGGUGAAGAAGGAAGAUGUUAAAAAGGCUGUAGAAAGGUUGAUGGAAGUAGGAGAGGAAGGGGAAGAGAGACGAAAAAGAGCUAAAAAGCUUGGAGAAAUGGCAGAGAAGGCCCUUGAAGUUGGAGGAUCUUCUCACCUCAACAUUACACAAUUAAUCCAAGAUAUCAUGCAAAUAACUUAUGACAGGAAGGAAACUAGCACAUGAGGUAAACAGGCAAUCUACCUAGCACAUGAGGUAAACAGGCAAUCUAUCUCAAUUAUAAAUGGUUUUUAUUAGAUAUAGCACAAGCACAAUAGGACAAAUUUUGUUCGAAGAUUAUCACUGAAUACAUAUCACACAGUUUACUGCUCUUGUAAUUACUUCAAUUUGCAUAAAAAAACGUAGCAUAAGCAAAUUGCAUACUACAGGACCUGAUAAUCUCCACAAUGAGCUCUGGGAUUGCUUGCAGCCACACAAGUGAGUAACAAUGGCACCUUCCAUUUAAGCCAUCAACCUUAGGCACCUACAAUAGAAGGGAAAAAGUAAGUCUUUGAAGUUAAAAAUUACUUUGACAAAUGAUCUAACAUGAAUCUUUAAGUUAGAAAGAAAAACUACACUUAAAGAUCAGAGUUCUUUGCAAAGGACGUAAUAACUUCACAUGAAUUUGGUACCAAAUUAUAUAAGAUAUCACUAUACGUGGUGAUUGAUCUGUAUUUCUAGUUGGCCUUCUCUGACAUAGCUGAGUUGGAAAAAGCUUAUUUCUAAUAAAGCAAAGCUUGGAAGCAACAUCACUCAUGUUCAUUCGCUUGGAUGGCAAUUCAUCUGAACAAGUGACUCCUAUUUCCAAUAUUGAAUUCAAAAAUUGGUAAAGUAUGUUAUGAUCUCUCUGGCUGCUUGCACUGCAAGUAUGGUUGGAAGUUGUUUCUCCGGUAACUCUUUCCUGAAGAAGAAUGGGAUUGGUGAUCUCAACUACUCGUUCUGGCAAAGCUGCCUUGACAAAAUUGUGAAGGUUCAAACCCUCUUUAAACAUGUUAUCAGUGUGCCCCCUUCCAGUAAACAUCUCCAGCGAGAGGAUGCCAUAGCUAUACGCAUCACCAACCGUUGACACUUCACUUCCCAAGCCAUAUUCUGCCAGUCACUCAUCACAAAUAGCAGUUGCAGAGGAUUAACUACUUGGCAAUUAUUUUAAUUUGUAGCUUUUGAGUUUGUAUUGCUAAAAGGAGGAAUUUAAAAUAACUAUGGAGAUGGCGGGA